AACAGCCGCUCCACCUCACCCCUGUAGGCGGACUCGUCGCCUCCUGAGAUGAGCCCCACCACUGUGGUGUCAUCAGCAAACUUGAUAGUGUUUUAGGCGACUGUAUGUGGCUGAUGAAUAUUUAGAUUUUAGCUCCAAAUGUUAAAUCUCGGGGGUAAUUUCAUUCUCUCUCACACCUCCAGCACAGAUCCCGGGUGCAGCGGUGAGGGUGCAGAGCUGAGAGCGAAGAGGUCUUGUGCGAAAUUCUGUUACCCUGUGAAAAUCUGUGCCCCCUGCGUCGGGAGCGCGCAUUGCAGCCAGAAAGGCGGAUCUGAAGCUGAGUGAAGCGGAUCUGACCAUUUUCACUGCGCUUCUGAUCGAUUUCUCGGUAAAACAACUCAUAUAAUCAUGUCAAGGUUGUAACAUUCAGUUUAAUCGGCAGCUGUUAUUUUAAAAAGAAGCAAUAACAAAAUUGUAAAAUAAAUAAAUAAACGAGGUCUUCUUACGCCGUUUUGUGUUGUUAUUUUAAACGCCAAGAGAAUCGGGUUUUUUCCAACUUUUGUCACUUAAAUCUGACAAAUAAAAGUCAGUCACCAAACACAGUUUUCCAACACGUAGUGUGUAUUUCUAAUUUUUCAUUGCUGAUAUAAGAGGAUGGAAGCGGGCUGAUGGCAGGGCACAAAAAUGAAGACUUCCUGAAAAGAUGAGAGACUUUCUGGUAAAUCCCGGUCUAAUGUAAAAUAUGACAGAUUAUUGGAUUAAGGACAUUUCUAGUAUACUACAUGCUAUCACACAUAAUAUUUUUUGAGAAUUUGGAAACAGUUGCUCUUUAUUUCCCAAAGUUAUGGGGAGAGGAUAGAGAUAUAGAGAUAUAUCUAAUCAUCAGCUGGGUCAACCAGCCCGCCCGUUUCCCCUUUUUAUGUUUUCGGGCAGAAUAUUUCCUUUUGACCAUUGGUCCUCGCACCCUGCUGUGCCAGUCCAUUGUCCUCAGGAGCCGCCGUCUCCCAAGUGCGGAUUUCAGUCGUGGUCAUAUAUUACCAGCUGAACUGUCUCCAACAGCCAUCAGCUAAGCCGAGCUGCAUUCAGCCAUAAGGUUUGUUUUUAUUCAAACUUGAGCAGUUUUCUAGUGUUUCUGCUGAGGUAGUGACAUCAGUUUGUGACAUCAUGCACAUUGACGUCACAAAGAGUGACUCUCCUUGUUGAGCUAGGCUGCGUCAAAACGUCAUAACCACUGCAGAAGAGAGAUAGAAGCAAGCAGAAGGAUUGUCUCCCAGCAAGUUUGAGCAGUUUUUGGAUUUGUCCAGAGAAAAAGAAUCAACAAUGAGUAACAGCAAUAAGUCUUCUGAUUCUUGCAAUGACAACAUGCAACUUGCUAGAGAGACAGAGAAGCUACGUGGCAUCUUGAAAGAUGUCAACAAGAUGUCAACUGAGAGACAGUGGCUGAUCAAAGCAAACGAGGACCUCAAGAUGCAAGCGAGAAACAUUCAAAAAGCUGCACAUGACAUACACAAGCUGCUUCGGGAGAAAGACAGUGAAUUAAAAAAACUGUUUGGUCAAAAUAAAACUUUAAAGGAGGAUAACACUACAUUAAAGCAGAUGAACACUGCCUUGGACAAGAAAAUCACCUCCUUGAAGCAGACAAACACCACACUGAAGCAGACAAACACCACAUUGGAGCUAAAAAACACCACGUUGGAGCAAAAAAACACAACACUGAAGCAGAAAUACAUGUCACUGAAGCAGAAAAACACCACGUUGGAGCAAAAAAACACAACACUGAAGCAGAAAUACACAACACUGAAGCAGAAAUACACGUCACUGAAGCAGAAAAACACCACGUUGGAGCAGAAAAACAACACGUUGGAGCAACAAAAAACAGUCUUGAGUCAGAAAUACACCUCAUUGAAGAAAAUAAAAGCUGCCUUGGGUCAGAAAAACACCACCCUGGAGCAGGAAAACAUCGCACUGGAGGAGAAAACUAACAUACUGGCGAAAGAAAAGACUGCCUUGGAGCAGAGAAACACCAUCCUGGAGCAGAAAAUCACCACCGUGGAACAGGAAAAUACCACCCUGGAACAGGAUUACACCGACCUUGCACAGGAUUACACCGCCCUGGAGGAGCAAUGUAACACGUUAGAACAUGAAAACACCACUCUGCAGCAGAGAAUCCCCUUUAUCGAGGCGAUAAAUCGCGCCCUGGAACGGAGAAACCAAAACUUGCAACGGGAAAACAUCAAUUUUGAGACUGAGAACAAUGACCUGCAGCAGCACAUCACUGACUUGAAUCAGAGAAGAAGGGCCCUGGAGCAUGAAAAAACCAAGCUGUUGCUGUCAGUCACUUCCCUGGAGGUGAAACGCAUUGUCCUGGAGAAGACGAGCACAGACUUACAGGAGGAAAAAAAUACCCUGACGAAGGAAAACAUCACCCUGCGGCAAAAAUACGCUGCCUUGGAGGAGGAAAAAAGAGCCCUAGAGCAGAAAAACACCGCUCUGGAGCAGGAAAACUCCGGCCUGAAGCUGAAAAGCACCACCCUGGAGCAUAUAAACACCGCCUUUGAGGAGGAAAACAUCAACCUGCAACCUGAAGUGGACCAGCUGAACAAAAGGCUGAGGGACAGAGAGGAACAACAGAACCAGCAGCCAUCUGAAGAGGAAACCCACAAAAACAGCCAGUCGGUUUCAGACCAGCCACAGAUUCGGCCGUCGGGCUUCCUAGCGAGUCCCAUUGGUCUCCUGGCGGACCUUCAGGGCUUCAUAGCGAGUCCUGGCUUCCUAGUGAGUCCCGUCGGUCUCCUGGCUGACAUCCAGGGCUUCAUAGUGAGUCCCGUUGGUCUUUUGGCUGACUUUCAGGGCUUCCUAGGCUUCCUAGCGAGUCCGGUCAGUCUCCUGGCUGACCUCCAGGGCUUCCUAACCUCCAGGGCUUCCUAG